UCAGGAUAUGCCGCGCUCAUACGUUCUUAGUUAUUGAAUGGCAAUUAUAACUGAAUUCGCCAUGUUCCGUUACCAUUCCUUAGUAGACACCACGGAUGAAACAGGAGGUUGGCCGAAGACAGCGGCAGUCCGAGUGGACGUCACGAUGACGUGGCGGUCCAAACGCCGAGGGCCUGACGGGCCUCGUUCCUGGUUCGUGGCCUGCGCUGCCGGAUGGAACAUCCUCUGGCUGAGCCUGUUGAGGCGCUCGGGCGGCGUGGUGUUUGUGGCCCUUGUGAAAAGCUACGGGGCUACCAGGGAGGAGGCUACGUGGACCAUCAGCAUCAGCUUCAGCAUAGCCUGCAUGCUUGGCCCUGUUGUCGGGCUUCUGACCAAGUAUCUGGCACUCAGGACGUUGUCGCUCGUGGGCUCUUCCACCUUGGCCCUCAGUACCAUACUCUGCUUCUUUGCGGAAGACAUGACCGCCGUGUUUGCCCUCCUCGGUGUUUUGAAUGGCAUUGGCAUGGGAAUCGUGAUGGUGACUAACGACGUGGUGAUUGGACAGUACUUCCUCCGCUACCGGGGUUCCGGCUUCGGCAUCUACUACACGGGUGGAACUCUGGCAGCCUUCGUCUUUCCUCCGCUGAUGGACAUCCUCAUUCAAGCGUACGGACUGCGCGGGACCUUCCUCAUCACCGGUGGUCUAGCCUUGAACGGCCUGGUUAGCUCGCUGUUCUACAGGACUCCGCCAUGGGUGUCCGUGAGGGCUUCCAAGGUGCUUCCAGUCACCGACAAAUUUCCGACAAACGUCGUCGGAGCUUCUGGUGAACCUUCUGCGAAUGGUGGACAACUGACAGAAUACGACGUAGAGGGAGCUCUCCUCAAGGACGGAGAGACAACCUCUCACGACGUUAUUCAGCCGAUGAACACGAUUGAAGCUUCUUACAAUUCGGCAGUGAAUGGCGGCCGACACGUCAGAAACUCCCUCGACAACAGCAGCGGGACUGCAGAAAUCAACUCUCACAGCACGAAGCGGAAAUGGACAUCGCACCUCUCGUUCCUCAAGGUGCCCGUCUUCUACAUGGUGGCGGUGACGUGCAUGUUCUCCGUAUACGCCACACUAGUCUUCGUGAUACUCGUGGACUUAGCAGAAGAGAAGGGCUUCAGCAGACAGGACGGUGCUGUGUUCCUCUCGGUGUCCGCCAUUGGUGACGCCGGUGCGCGACUAUUGUCGGGCGUACUCUCCGACAAGGGUUUCAUGGACCGACGCGCCAUGAUGGGGCUCAGCUCCGUUCUCCUGGGUAGUCUGGUGGUGUCACUGCCCUGGGUGCACUCGUACCCGGCAGCCCUGGCCUUAUGCGCGCUCUUGGGGUGGGCGUGCGGCACCCUUGUAGUACUCUUCGGUCCUCUGCUGGCCGACCAUCUUGGUGUGGAGAACCUUGGCGUCACCAUGGGCAUAUGCCGGUUCGUGAUGGGUGCCGCCUACUUUGGUUGCCCCAAGAUCACAGGUCACUUCAAAGAUCACGUUGGUUCCUACGAUGGACUCCUGUACAUGAUUGGCUCCGGGUGCUUUCUGGUGGCUCUCAUGUGGCUCGCUGAACUCUGCCACGUCUGCGUCAAGAAACGCAAGGACCGUGCUGCGGCCGCGCAAUAAACGUGUAACAACAUUUCUCCGAACGAAGAUGCAGGUUC